UGGUGAACCACUCCGCGCUAGCCUGAUUGGGACACUCCUUCACCCAAACCUAAGUCCUUUCCGCCUCCCCUACAACCAGCCAUUCCUAUCCUCGAUAUCUCGAUUCCAACUCCACACCACAAUGUCUCUAUUACGGACUGGAAGGCCGUUUGGCCUAAACGCCGUCUCUUUCAGAGCUUGUCAAUUGUCAUCUCGGUCCAAUGCUCGCUAUAUCAGUAAGACGCCCUCGCAAGAAGCUGAGGGCGCACCCAAAACAAGCCCAGCCGAUGCACCCGGUGCCGUAGUGAGAGGCUCAAUAACACGGAAAGAGACUCCUUCAGAGGCAAUGGCACGCCAUCAGCCAAACUACAAUGCUACGGUUGACCACGGCACAUCAUCAUUCUCCCCUGUGCCCAAACGCGUUAUGGACGGCAGCGAACCAAGCGGUGCCGUUGCUGCUGCUGUUCUGUCCGGAGCUCCCACCGAUCUUCAAGCGCGAACCGUCAGGAUCUUUCAACCCUCGAAACCUGCGACACAAUCUGGAACGUGGCAUACCCAACACUGGCGAAUGGAUUGGGAUGUUUUGGCGAAAGGCCAUCGCUGGGAGAAUCCGCUGAUGGGAUGGCAAUCUUCCGCCGAUGCCAUGCAAGCAACCUUUAUUGACUUCAAGUCGAAGGAAGAUGCGAUAGCUUUUGCCGAAAAGCAGGGAUACGAAUACUUUGUCCAGGAACCGAAUCAACGAGUGUUCCGCCCCAAAGCUUAUGCAAACAACUUUUUGCACGAGCCUAAGAAGCUCAAGCAUAUCAGAACCAAAUAGAACAGAGAGUUCAGAAACCUCUUUCCCUUUUUUCCCGUGUAUAUAGUCUUGAGCCUACAAAUAUUUUCCAUCAACCAUGCGGUUUUCUAACCGAAAAUGUUAAUUCAACAUCUAUGUUAGUAGAGUAUAUCUGUGUCCUCGCUGUAAAUGAAGACGCAAAGUUUCCAGUCUACGCUGUUUUUGCCGCACCAAAAGUGACGCGAUACCUGCAAAUCACUGCAAUCAGCGGUAAAGCAUCCUCCUCACACGUAUUCAAUCCCAAGCAGCCAAUUUUAUCUCCCCGUCGCAGAAGCCCCAGGCGAUGGCGGAAGCUUAUCUCAUGGGGGGUGCUGCCACAGCAAUCGCCUCUGCAAGUGAUCCACACAUGUAAUAUUAGCUUCUCCAAGAAUAAUGGAGAAUCUGUAGAAGAAUCA